AUGUCUCUCGGUCGUACUUUCACCCUUUACACUGGCGCUAAGAUCCCUGCUGUUGGUCUUGGUACCUGGCUCUCUGAACCCGACAAGGUUCGUCAAGCCGUCCUCUACUCUCUGCAAAACGGCUACCGUCACAUCGAUUGCGCCUACAUCUAUCAAAACGAGCACGAAGUCGGUCAAGCUUUCACCGAGGCCAAGGUCCCCCGUGAAGAGGUUUUCGUCACUAGCAAACUCUGGAACACUCACCACCGUCCCGAGUACGUCAAGCCUGCUGUUCAAGCUUCCUUGAAGGCUCUUCAGUUGGAGUACCUUGAUCUCUACCUCGUUCACUGGCCCGUUUCCUUUGCCCCCGUAGGCAAGCCUGAAGAUACCCCUGUCACUCCUGCCAAGGACUACUUGUUCCCUCAAAAGAAUGGUAACGUUGACUUGGAAGAGGUUGAUCCUCUCAAGACUUGGGCUGCCAUGGAAGAGCUUGUUGAUGCUGGUUUGGUCAAGGCUAUUGGUCUUUCCAACUUCAACAUUGCCAAGAUCCAACACAUUUUAGAUAACUGCCGUAUUCGCCCUGCUGCUCUUCAGGUUGAGCUUCACCCUGCUCUUCACCAACAGGAGUUGUUGGACUUCUGUGCCAAGGAGAACAUCCACGUUACUGCCUACUCCCCUCUCGGUAACAACAUCUACGGCAAGGACCGUACUGUCGAUGACCCUGCCAUCGCUAACGUUGCAAACAAGCUCGGCAAGACCCCUGCUCAAGUUUGCAUCUCAUGGGCUGUUCAGCAUGGAACCUCCGUCAUUCCCAAGAGUGUCACACCCUCCAGAAUCACCGAGAACUUCCAAGACUUUGUUCUUGAAAAGGAGGACUACGAAAGCGUGUCCAGCCUUGGAUCCCGCAACCGCCGAUACAAUGACCCCGGCAGCGAAGAAUGGAACUGCAACAUUUUUGACGAGUAG